AUUGACACUGCAUGUUGAAAGUUUUAAUAACGACCAUUUGAAAUGAAAGACAUUAGGUGGACCUAUCUUUUAAUUCUUUCGAAUUUUGCUGCUUUCGUAGGACUGUGUAAUUGUAAAGGGAACCUAGGUACGAGUUUGGAUUUAUUCAAUUAUUUAUUAAACCUAUCUAGAUACAAUCCUAGCAUUAUACCGACAUGUGGGAACGAGAAACGUGUAACCGUUGAAAUUGGAAUGGCAUUGGGAGAUAUUGUGGAAAUCUGGGAAAAACAACAAUUGAUUCGUCUUAAAAUAUGGGUUCGUUUGAAAUGGAGGGACUGCAUGCUGCAAUGGAAUUCUUCACAGUUUCAAAACCAGACCGAAUUAAUAGUACCCUAUUCUAAAAUUUGGAUCCCAGAUAUAACUCUUUAUGAAGGAGUUAGUGACGAAGGAAAUAUGCCGGAUAUGGAGGAUUAUAGAGCUAGUAUAAGUCACACAGGGGAUGUGACGUAUAAUUUCCCCAGCAUUGUGACAGUGGUGUGUAGAUUCAAUGUGGCGUACUUUCCUUUCGAUCACCAAAUAUGCAGUAUGAAGUUUGGUUCUUGGAUGUACUCUGGGAAAAACAUUGACUUGAAUAGUACUGGCAAAGAAGUGGAUAUAUCUAGUUUUCGUACCCAUAAUGAAUGGGAUGUUGUAGAUUCUGCAGCAGUGAGACAUAAUAUUUACUAUGGAUGCUGCCCUGACCCAUAUCCUGAUGUCACUUUUCAUAUUCAUAUCCGGAGAAAGCCCUUUUUCUACGUAGUUACAAUCAUUUUUCCCUGCAUUUUAAUUAAUAUGUUAAGUUUUUUAGGUUUUGUACUUCCGCCAUUUUCUGGUGAGAAAAUUUCACUACAAGUCACGGUGCUUCUGUCGAUAACUGUGUUCCUAUUGCUUGUACAAGACAAAUUUCCCUCAGCGGCUGAAAACUUUCCCCUUCUCGCCAUGUAUUUUUCAUUAUGCAUGGUACUUGUGUGUGUCUCGUGUGUUUUGUCUAGCAUUGUCUUACACGUUUAUAAUAGGUCGCCCAAUGACCAUCAUAUAUCUCCAUUUAUAAGAUCUGUUUUCUUAGACAAAUUUCGACAAAUCAUGUGCAUAAAAUCAGAUAUGGUCCUAAAGAAUGAUGAACUCGUGCAGAUUUCGGAAAUUCGUUGUUUAAAAACUAGGCAGGAUCUUCGUCAACAACAAUGUAUGGAAUUGCACAAAGGGGAAAGAACUAAGGACUGUGUGAAACUCUCAUUAGGAAAGGGUGGUAUUCCAGAAUAUUCUCCAGAAAGAAGUGACCAUUCAUUCCUCGACCAUCGAAAGUGUCAUAUCACCAACGAAUGGGAACUGUUUGCCUUUGUUUUGGAUCGAUUUUUUAUGUUAAUAUAUUUGUGUCUAACUUUAGGAAACAGUAUUGUUUUCAUUUUAAUUAUGGGAAAUUACGAAGGAAAUGAUAUUCCAAUGGAAUAGAUACUUUUCAUUAUCGAAUUCACAAUACCAAAGAUCAAAUUAUUUUUUAAAAUACUAAAAAUGCCCAUAGUCCAUGUAUGAAGAUGAUUAAACAGUACGUUACAUGCCCAGCAGUCAAAGAUGAGACAUCGUUAUCAAAACACCCACGUCUUUCAAAUGAAUGUUUGUUUAAGCAUUCACUUUAUUAAAUGCAAAUUAGUUAUAAGAUUGAGUACAUGUUCGAGUGAGGA